GCUUUGUUUACGUGGUGACGUGUACCGGAAGCUAACAGACUGGUUGUCAACUCGCUACAAAGACAGACGCUCGCAGUGUGUGAUUUUCCGUUCCGUAAAUUAACCUACAUGUACUGGGGUAUUAUAUAUUUAAGUUGGCUAUUGUAACAUCUUGAAACAAAUGAGAACUACAAGUGUUGUGUGAAUGUAGCCGAGUAUAAACCCGGAUCAGCUGUCACACAGGAAAUCCUGCUGCCGAGGAGCACAGGUCUUGCAUGAGGUUGCUGUUUGAUCACUGAAGCAAUGGCCAGUCCUAAUGAUCUACAAUUCCAAGAGUUUGAGGAAGCAGCAGAGCUGUUGUCUGCUGACCCUGGAGCCUCCACCCUCAGUAUGUCUGCCUCAAACACCAGCACUACAGCAGCAGGAGGAGGAAGAGGAGGACCAGGAGGGGAGGAUGUGAAACUAGACCUCUCAGAGGAGGAGGGUGAGGAAGAGAGUUCAGAGCUGUUAGGAGGACAGAAACCAACGGGUGGCUUCUGGACCUUUGAGUACUAUCAGUCCUUCUUCAAUGUGGACACGGUGCAGGUUCUGGACAGAGUGAAGGGGUCACUGAUGCCAUUACCUGGAAGAAACUUUAUCAAACACAACCUGAGGAGCAACCCAGAUCUAUAUGGUCCAUUCUGGAUCUGUGUGACCCUGGUGUUCUCAGUAGCGAUCAGUGGAAACUUGUCCAGCUUCCUCAGUGAGAGGGGGAACCCUUCGUACCACUACAGACCUCAGUUCCACAGAGUGACAAUAGCUGCACUCGUGAUCUUCAUGUAUGCCUGGUUGGUGCCCAUUGGUUUAUGGGGUUUCUUGACCUGGAGGCAAGGGGCUGAGAGGCAGAUCGGGGGCUACACAUUCCUGGAGACUGUUUGUGUCUACGGCUACUCCCUUUUCAUUUACAUCCCGACCUCCGUUCUGUGGAUCAUUCCCUUUGAGUGGUUGCGCUGGACAGUGAUCCUGGUUGCCAUGGUGAUCUCUGGCUCAGUUCUGGUCCUCACCUUCUGGCCAGUUGUGCGCGAGGACACCAAGGUGAUGGCAGUGGCUACAGUGGUGACCAUAGUGGUUUUGCACACGCUGCUGGCUGUCGGCUGUAAGAUGUACUUCUUUCAGAUAGCAGUCCAUGUACCAUCAGUGGUGCCUAUCACCCCCACGAUUACACAAUGACACUUGCCACGAAAGCGCACUGACCAAUAGGGCGCUGGCAGCGAGGAAAUGAAGGAAGUGUCUGUUGUUUUGAAUCACAUGCAGAUAUAAAACAUGAAGAGGCAUGAGGGUUGCGUGAUGUGUUCUUUAGUAACGUGAUGAAGCUCUGGGACAGGGGGUGUGGUUCUCUGUCUUAUUUAUCCUGAGUCGGGUCUACAGGGACACUGCAAUAAUACUACAUUUUUACUGUGACGUUUCAGGAUGUGGUGCAACGUUUUAGUCCAGCAUGGCUUCCAUGACGCUCUAAUUUCCCCUGAAGAUUCACCAAAAUUUUAUUUAGAAGGAUUUGUUAGAAUGACUCAUCACUAGAAGGGAAACGCAUCCAAACCAGAUACAGAUCACAAAACCAUGAAGCCAGCAAUCAUAACUUCUUAAGAGUUAUCUGUUAGACAGCUAGGCAUCCAUCAGUACGUGUUAGUAUUAUUAUUGUUUGUGACAACAGGUUCUCAUUAAAACAGCACCCAGUUUGCAAAAAUAGAAUUGAAUGAAUGAAGCGGAUGAUUACUUAUUUAUUUGUGUAGUUGUUUAAUUUACAAAAGAUUAAUAAUAAUUGGGAAAAAUGCCCUUUUAAAAUGUUCCAAACCCAAGAUGAUGAUUUUGAGUAGGUCUUAAAUAUUGUUUGCUGGACAAAAAUAGAUUUCAAAUGUCAUACUAGAAAUACACAGGUUUUUCUGGUAACAUUAAUGAUAGCUUUGUUCUAUUGAUCCUGGAGAUUUGAAUGAAUGAUAGCUCAAUGGAAUUGAGCUAUCAUUCAUUUCCAUAUUUAAACUUUAUACACAUCAUAUUAUUCAAAAUGUAACUAGAGGCAACCAAGUAAUUUUUUGUUGUAGAUAUCACACAUUUCAGACAUCAUUUUUAACAAAGACCCAUGAGCUCCAGCCAAUAGCAGUCAUUUAAAAUACUCAAUACCUUUUGAAACUACUUAGCUCAUUAGCUUCAGCUGUACUUUGUGUUCAAUGCUAAUUAGCAAAUGUUGGCAUGCUAAUUAUGAACAUAGCAAACAUUGUACCUGCCUAACAUUAACAAGUUGUCUUUUUUCCAUUAUGGUAAGUUGCUGCUCACAUUAGUUAACCAGUUAGCCACAAAGCUGUUAGCAUGGCUGCUGACUUUGACAUUAGCUCAGUUAGCCACAGAGCUGCUAGCAGGGCUGUUAACUUUUCUCUAAAUACAUGACAUGUCCGGUAAUAUAUUCUAUCUAAUAAUUAGCUAGAACAGGGUUAAGAAUGAUUUAAUGAACUAAGAGUAAUGUACCACACCUCUCCAACCUGUAAGAAACCACCAUUUACAGAAUGACUCCAAGUGAUGUAAAUGCAAUUAGGAUUAUUUGCAAAUUGAGAAAUGUGUUUGUUUGCAGAACUAUUUAUUCCCUACUGUGAUGCUGUUUAGGGAUUUGUUGUUAAUAAAAGUUGUGCUUCAUCCAGUA